GGGGUAGCUGAUAGCGGAUAGCCAAAGACCUGUUCAAAAAGCCCUGUUCAAACGCUCCCAAUGUGUUUGCAGGAUCAGGAGGAAGCUUUGGGACGCGACCGCCGACCCAAAGCUUUCAGCACUUUAGCUGUUGUGGAGGAGGGUCCAAAGGCACACGUGCUCUGGGAGCUCUUCCUGUCAGCCAAGAAGGUCUGUCUUCACCUCUUCCGCAGCCUCCGGCAGAAUCUUCAUCUGCUCAUGGAAAAGGAGGUGAAGACAUUGAUGUUGCCGCCACGGCAGCUGAAAGGCGGAAAGAGUGUCAAGCCCUCUUUCAAGCCGUUGUCGUCCUUUGCACACAGAGAUGGUGGACCGCUUCGCCGUGUUCCAAAGUCAUGGACACUGGCUGUGAUGGCCGGUUCAGACUGACAGAGGAAAAUCCGAAAGGAUCUGAAAGGUACAGUUGUGCUGGUGCUGUCACGAUGGCACACUCUGGCACGGGCUGAAAGACUGAAAGACGCCCACGACGGGCUUAGUUUGGCGACAUGUUCUGGGGGAAUCAAAG